AGAAAAAGAAGAGAGAGAGAGAUUACAGUUUGGAGAUGGAAGUGAAUAUGAUUCUUUGCUUGGUUUCAAAGAUUAUGAAUAGACUGUGUGUCUUGAGUCAGAAGACUGAUGAAGAUUUGUUAGCCUUAUAUGGACUGAAGCUGGUUCUUCCCCAAUCAGCUCUUCCAUUUCAUCCUCUUUAUCAAUGGACACAUGUUGGUGUAAUCCGAAGACACAGAUGAAAUUUUCGACACAUCGAUCUUGGGGUCACAAUAUGACAAUUGGCUUUGGCCAUAUUUCUUUGUCGAUGCUGGUUUUGGUAUUGGUUUUAUACUCCUUUGGUCCCACUGAAGCUGCAGGUAGGAACCAAAGUGCCAACGUUCCAUUAAGGCCAAGAGUCAUUAACAUUGGAGCUCUGUUUACUUUCAACUCGAUGAUUGGUAGAGCUGCCAAACCUGGUAUUGCAGCUGCAAUUGAUGACGUGAAUGCUGAUGCGACCGUUCUUUCUGGCACAAAGCUAAAUAUUAUCAUUCAAGACACUAAUUGCAGCGGCUUUGUUGGAACCAUUGAAGCUUUGCAGCUGAUGGAGAAAGAAGUCAUCGCCAUCCUUGGCCCACAGUCCUCCGGUAUAGCACAUGUCAUCUCUCACGUUGUCGAUGAACUUCAGGUCCCACUACUGUCAUUUGCAGCAACUGACCCGACACUUGCUGCACUACAAUACCCGUAUUUCCUUCGCACCACGCAAAGUGACUACUUCCAAAUGAAUGCGGUUGCCGACGUGGUUGAGUUCUAUGGAUGGAGGGAGGUAAUUGCCAUUUUCGUGGACGAUGAUAACGGGAGAAGUGGGAUUACUGCAUUGGGUGACGCCCUCGCAAGGAAACGGUCGAAGAUAUCGUACAAAGCCGCGUUCCCACCUGGAGCGAGUGAAACACUUAUCAAUGACUUGUUGGUCGGAGUAAAUCUGAUGGAGUCUCGGGUUUAUGUUAUUCAUGUAAAUCCCGACACGGGUAUUAACAUUUUCUCCAUUGCAAAAUAUCUUGGCAUGAUGUCCAGCGGGUAUGCAUGGAUAGCAACAGAUUGGCUCACUACCGCUUUGGAUUCGAUCGAACCAGUUGAUCACGAAAAAAUGAAUCUUCUACAAGGGGUCAUCACUCUUCGCCAUCAUACACCUGAUUCCAAUCUCAAAAGGAAGUUUGUAUCUAGGUGGAAUGGUUUAGUUAGGAAAGGGAAUGCUAAGUCGGGCUUGAAUGCUUACGGGCUCUAUGCAUAUGACUCUGUUUGGAUAGUUGCUCAUGCCAUCAAUGAAUUUUUGAAUGAAGGAGGAACCAUUUCCUUUUCAAGAGAUUCAAGGUUGCGGGAUGAGAAUGGAAGUACGCUGCACUUAGCAGUACUCCGUGCAUUUGAUGGAGGCCAGAAAUUACUCCAGAAAGUGUUACAGACGAACUUCACAGGUCUAACUGGCCAAAUUCGGUUCGAUUCUGAAAAAACUCUGGUUCGUCCUGCAUAUGAGAUUCUCAAUAUUGGUGGGACUGGGAUUCGGAGAGUCGGGUAUUGGUCUAAUUAUUCGCAUUUAUCAGUCGUUGCUCCGGAAGUUCUAUAUAAAAAGCCGCCAAACACAUCCACUGCUAGUCAACAGCUUCUCAGUGUCAUCUGGCCUGGUGAAACCCUAACUACACCACGUGGGUGGGUGUUCCCGAACAAUGGGAAGCCACUGAGAAUCGCUGUUCCGAACCGUGCAAUAUACAAGGAAUUUGUGACAAAGGAUAGUGGCCCAGAUGGGGUGAAAGGUUUUUGUGUCGACGUGUUCAAAGCUGCAGUGAGCUUGUUGCAAUAUCCUGUCCCACACCAAUUUAUAUUGUUCGGAGAUGGUAAAGAAAAUCCCAACUACAACGAUCUCGUGAGUAGGGUCGCUGACAAUAAAUAUGAUGCAGCCGUUGGGGACAUAUCCAUCGUCACGAACAGGACAAGGAUUGUGGAUUUUACACAACCUUACAUUGAAUCAGGCCUUGUUGUUGUUGCUACUGUCAAAAAGAUCGACUCAAAUGCAUGGGCUUUCCUGAAGCCCUUCUCCCUAGAAAUGUGGUUGGUCACAUUUGCGUUCUUUCUCUUCGUGGGAGCUGUUGUUUGGAUUCUGGAGCAUCGGAUUAACACUGAGUUCCGUGGACCUCCAAGCCAACAGCUUGUAACGAUUUUCUGGUUUAGCUUCUCAACGAUGUUUUUCGCACACAGAGAGAACACCAUGAGCACCCUCGGACGUGCUGUCCUACUGAUAUGGCUGUUUGUAGUAUUGAUUAUCAAUUCAAGCUACACUGCUAGCUUAACGUCGAUCCUCACAGUGCAGCAGCUUACAUCGCGGGUUGAAGGAAUCGACAGCUUGAUCUCGAGCAACGAGCCUAUUGGGAUUCAAGGCGGGUCGUUUACCAAGAAUUAUCUGAUCGAAGAGCUCAAUGUCGCAGAGUCAAGGAUUGUGACCUUAAAACACCCAGAAGACUACGAAAUUGCUCUUCUGCGUGGACCAAAAGGGGGCGGAGUCGCUGCAAUUGUUGAUGAGCUUCCUUAUAUUGAGCUCUUCUUGUCCAACACCAACUGCAAGUUCAGGGUUGCUGGGCAGGAAUUCACGAAAAGCGGAUGGGGAUUCGCCUUCCAAAGGGAUUCUCCUCUAGCAGUGGACUUGUCGACAGCCAUUCUCACCCUGUCUGAGAGUGGUGAACUCCAAAGGAUGCGUGAUAAAUGGCUUUCCCGCGAGGGGUGUUCCACUCAAAUGACCAAUACAGUUGAUGUGAGCCGCUUGAGCCUCAAGAGCUUCUGGGGCCUCUUCCUCAUAUGUGGCAUCGCAUGUUUCCUUGCACUUCUCGUGUUUUUCAUAAGAUUGUUCCGUCAGUUCAGGCAGAAAAAGAAACAUCCGGAGAACCGCGAGAAAAGCCAUCAUAAGGACGUACAACCCGUUCCACAUCCUGAGGAUGAUGACGGACCCGUUCCACCUCGGGCUCAACCCGUUUAUCCAAUUCUGAUGAGAAUGACUAAAAGUUUCAGGGAGUUCUUUAAUCUCAUGGAUGAGAAAGAACCUGAGGUGGAUGAAAAGAAGAAGGAGAAGGGAAGCACUAGCAGUAAUUAGUUUUGUAAAAAUAUCUUUGGUAGCAGUCCUUGUGAUCAAAGCUCAAGUGCCUGUCCUAGCCCUUUUGCUGAGAGAGAGAGAGAGAGAGAGAGAGAGAGAGGCAGCAAGGAAUGGAGGCAUGCAAUACUUCCUUGUACUACUGAAAGUGAAAUUCCUUAACAGUGUCUGUGUAGUUCUUAGGCAGCAAGGAAUGCAAUGCCCAAAGUGAGAAUCCUCAUAGAAUGUUUGUACCACAUUGUAUUCUUCAAAGAAUAGAAAAUUUCCAUUUAUUA